UAUCGUGCCGGCGCCGCGUGAGCCGUAGAUGUUCACUUCAACAUGACUCGGGAAUGUCGUUCUAGCCACAUACAGCUUCGGACUCGUGUCGGCCACCUUACCGUCGAUAGGAACAGGACAACAUGCUACCUCGAUGAACCCUGUGGGCUUCGCGCGCAGCUCCACCGGCAUGUUCGCAACGCGUGUCAUGCGAGCAGCCUUCACAACUGCCGCCCGAACCUUCGCCCCCGCGUCACGUCCAACCCAGUUCACCUCGUUCCAGACAUCGCGCGGACCACUCAGCCGGAAUAUUCACCCUUCUCCUUCCCAAUGGCGAUCCACCUUUCGUCUGGCACAGCAGCGCACCUACGCCUCGUAUAACUACCGACGCUUCGGUGGCAGCCGUGCCGCCGGUAGUCUACUUCGCAGAUGGGCAGCACGUCCCACCUUCUACUACGAAGUCGGCGGAAUCGGAGGUGUCUGCGGCGGCUACUACAUCUACAAUCUCGAGCGUGUCCCCGUCUCCGGACGCAGGCGAUUCAACAUCAUCUCCCCACAGUAUGAAGAGCAGGCAGGCCAGGCACAGUACGAACAGACACUGUCCCAGUUUGGCAAGAGCAUCCUUCCCCACUACACGAAGGAGCACCAGAUGGUGCAGCGCGUGCUGGAUCGUCUCGUGCCGCACUCAGGUCUGGAAAACGAAAAGUGGGAGGUCCAUGUUAUUGACGACGACAUGAAGAACGCCUUUGUCAUUCCAGGAGGGAAGGUGUUUGUCUUUCGUGGCAUUCUCGACAUCUGCCAAGGCGACGAUGGUUUGGCAGCCGUGCUCGGGCACGAGAUUGCGCACAAUGUCGCUCACCACAUGGCGGAGCGUUUGAGUGAAAUGUACAUUCUCGCGCCAGUCAGUUUGGCAAUUUCUGUCUUGGGCGGCAUCGACUAUCGCCUCAUUGACACCGUCGGCAAUCUUGCACUAUCCCUCCCGCAUUCCAGAAGACAGGAAGAAGAGGCGGAUUACAUCGGGUUGUUGAUGAUGGCGGAGAGCUGCUACGACCCGUCCGCUGCCGUGGGUUUGUGGACGCGCAUGGAGCAAGCCGAGCAAGGAUCUCCGCCGCAGUUCCUCAGUACUCAUCCCAGUAGCCACAAUCGGAUGGAAAAGAUUCGAUCAUGGCUACCCGAGGCGCAGCAGAAGAGCGAGACUAACGAUUGCCAUGUCACGAGUGGUUAUGGUUUGUACAAUCGGGUGCAGUCGUUGGGCCUUCCUUGAUGCUGACGGGCAGCUAGUCAACGACUUUCGGAGAACACUCAACAUUGGCGGCGGUGAGGCACG